CAGCCCAUUCUGGCGCGUUCGGCCGUUCGCGUCUCUAUCCUGUCUUCCUUUCCUCUCCGACUGCGUCGUUUGUUUCCGUUGCAAGAAUGACGACCGCCAUGGGUCCUCCACUUUCAACGAACCCUAAUAAUUCCUCUGAACCCGAAUUCGAACAAGAAACCCUAAUGGACGAUCCAGCCACUACCACCCCCACCGACACCGCAACCGCGACGACAACGAAGGCACCUAUGGCCCCACCACCUCCGAAGAACACUGACCCUACCAAUCUUGACAGUGAAGAGCCCCGAAAGGAUGACCUGAAAGACCCACCAGAAUCAGAUUCCCAGCAAGCCGCGAAGCAUAACUCGGUUCCUUACACCAUUCCCGAGUGGAGCGGACCUCCUUGCCACAAAUUCCAUCUCGAGGUCCUUAAGGAUGGCUCCAUCUUCGAUAAGUUGGAUGUGUUUGAGAAAGGAGCCUACAUGUUUGGACGCGUGGAUCUCUGUGAUUUUGUUCUCGAGCAUCCGACUAUUUCUAGGUUUCAUGCAGUUCUCCAGUUCAAAAGAAGUGGAGAUGCCUACCUUUACGAUCUUGGGAGUACUCAUGGCACUUUUAUCAACAAGAAACAGGUACAAAAAAAUAUUUUUGUGGAUUUACACGUUGGUGAUGUUGUUCGUUUUGGCCUUUCAUCCCGAUUGUAUGUUUUCCAAGGGCCGCCCGAGUUGAUGCCAUCGGAAGUUGACUUGAAAAUUACUAGAGAUGCUAAGAUGAGAGAAGAGAGGCUAGAUAGAGAAGCUUCGCUUAAACGGGCAAGGAUGGAGGCAUCUCUCGCUGAAGGCAUUUCGUGGGGCAUGGGAGAAGAUGCUAUUGAAGAAGCUGAGGAUGAUGGUGAUGAAAUCACUUGGCAAACUUACAGAGGACAGCUCACAGAGAAGCAGGAAAAAACUCGCGAAAAAGUAUUGAAAAGAACUCAAAAGAUUGCUCAUAUGAAGAAAGAAAUUGAUGCCAUUCGUGCCAAAGACAUUUCUCAAGGUGGACUGACUCAAGGGCAACAAACUCAGAUUGCGAGGAAUGAACAAAGGAUAGCACAGGUUUUUGAAGAACUUGAGAACUUGGAAGAGACACUAAAUGAAAGUAUCCGAGAAAGUAUAGGAGCCCGUGGCGGAAUCCUCUCUCAUAGGAAGAAGGGAGCAACGGAGGAUGAUGAAGAGUUUUUGAGUGACGAAGAUGAAUUCUAUGAUCGAACAAAGAAGCGUCCAAAGAAAAAAAUUGGUGAAAGCCAAUCAGUUGAAACGGCGGAUACUCUUCUAGAGAAGAGAGAUGACAUCAUGAGGGAAAUGGAAGACAAAAAGGAGUUACUUUUGGCCGAGAAGAACAAAAUGGCAUCUGAAACUUCAGAAGAAACUGAAGCUGGAGAUGUGCUUGAUGCUUACAUGUCAGGGCUCUCAUCUCAGCUAGUGCUUGAUAAGACUGCCGAACUUGAAAAGGAAUUGUCCAGUCUCCAGUCUGAGCUGGACAGGGUUGUAUUCCUCUUGAAGAUUGCAGACCCAACCGGUGAGACUGCUAAAAAGAGGGAUUCAAUUGCACUAGCACCAAAACCUGUCAAAUCUGAGACACCUGGUGCACCUCUGAAGAAGCAACCUUCAAGUGAACCGAAUAAAAAAAUUGGGUCAGAAAAACCCAUGAAUGUCCCCACAAAGAAAGAGGGAACCUCAGAUGAUGUGGCUAUUAUGGAGGGAUCAAACAAGAAGCUGGAAGCUGACAAAGAGGGAUCAAACAAGAAGCUUGAAGCUGACAAAAAUCUCUCCGAUGCAGACGUGGAGAAAAUCCCUGCAUAUACUGUUGUAAAGCCACAAUGGCUUGGUGCUGUAGGGGACAGGGAAGUGAAGAAGCCCCAACAAGAGGCAGACACAUUGAAUACACAUGAUGCUGAUCAGUUUGUUGACUACAAGGAUAGAAAGAAGAUUCUGGGCGAUGCUGACGUUACACAAGUGGACUCUGGGAUUGAGAGUGCUGCUCCCGGUCUAAUAAUAAGGAAACCAAAGCAGAGUGGGGAACUAAAAGGCAGUAAUCCUGAGGUUCCUGAACAAUCCACAUCAUCCACUGUGAGAGCUGAAUUUAAGGCGGAAGAUGCUGUAGCACUAUUACUAAAACAUAAGAGAGGCUACUGUGCUGAAGAUGACGAAGGAAGUUAUGAAAGCCAAGAAAUACUCGAUGCAAAAGAUAACAAAAAACCAAAGAGGGUGCUUGGCCCAGAGAGACCCUCAUUUCUCAACAGCAAUUCAGAUUAUGAAUCAUGGGUGCCUCCCAAAGGACAAUCAGGUGAUGGGCGGACUUCACUGAAUGAUCAAUAUGGAUACUGAACUUGCACCUUUGGCCCUAAUUGGUGCCUAUAAACUCGCAACAAAAGAAUAGCUCCAAGAGAUUUACCACCUUACUGGAGCUUCAUAUCAUUGGCAGAGGCAGUCUGUUACUGCAUGCAUGAUUUGGAAAGAGAAUGGCUGUCUCACUUGGGCUUCAUGUCAUGGCAAUAACUCUGUGUUGCCUCAUGCUUGCUUUUGAAAGAGUCAUUUCAUUACCUCUGAAGAUGCCCCGGAUUAGCUAGAGAUAAAUUAAUUUGGUAGAAUUUUGUGCUUUUCUUUCUGAGUCUUGAGCAUUAUGUUCAAAUUUAAUGAAGAGUGUAUGCUGCGACUUUGUAAAAAAUUAGCUUGGAGAAGGUGAGAGAGUGUACAUGAUAUGUAUAUCAUCAAUUAAUGUUGUGUCAACUUUUUAAUGAAUAUUUCAGGACAGGAGGAGGACCAGGACCACAUAUUAUCUAUC